AUGAUCCAAGCGCCAAAAGUCCAAGACAUGAAAGAUCUCACCAGAAUGGAAAGAAUCGGAGCCCAUUCCCACAUCCGAGGUCUCGGCCUAGAUGACAGUCUUGAGGCUCGUCAAGUUUCUCAAGGUAUGGUUGGCCAAAUGGAAGCCAGAAGAUCAGCUGGAGUAAUCCUUAACAUGAUCAAAGAAGGAAAAAUCGCAGGCCGCGCCAUUCUAAUAGCAGGCCAGCCAGGCACUGGAAAAACUGCAAUUGCAAUGGGUAUGGCCAAAGCUUUAGGCGAUGACACUCCUUUUACCAUGAUGGCACAAUAUUAAAAAUGUCAGUUAGAGAUAGGUCCUAACUCCUGCUCCGCAGGUAGGGACCUAUUUUCAAGCUUAGUGAUAGAGGUUGUGCCUCUUGAGAGUCUUGAAAGAAAGAGAAGAGGUCAGUGCUGAGUCUGGCACUGACUAGAGAAGUCUUAACAGACUUAUUAACAUUAACAGUUCGACGGUUAGGCCCGGCCCACCUACCGUUGCUCAGAGUUGUUAAUCAAGUUGGACCUCAAGCCAGGAGACUGCAUCCAAGAGUAAUUCAAAUUAAACUUAAACUUAAACCAUGAUGGCAGGCAGUGAAAUCUUUUCGCUCGAAAUGAGCAAGACUGAAGCUCUCACCCAAGCCCUCCGCCGCUCCAUUGGUGUCCGUAUCAAAGAAGAAGCUGAAAUCAUUGAAGGCGAGGUCGUCGAAAUCGAAAUCGAAAGAUCAGUCACCAGUGGCGCUAAAGCUGGAAAAUUGAUACUGAAAACCACUGAGAUGGAAACUGUCUAUGAUUUAGGAGCCAAAAUGAUAGAACAGCUGCAAAGAGAAAAAGUAGUGGCUGGGGAUGUGAUCACUAUUGACAAAGCAUCAUCUAAAAUUAGCAAGCUUGGCAGAAGCUUCGCUAGAGCUUCAGAUUAUGACGCCAUGGGAGCCCAAGCUAGGUUUGUACAAUGCCCUGAAGGAGAAUUAGAAAAACGAAAAGAAGUCGUCCACACUGUCACUUUGCAUGAAAUUGAUGUAAUAAACAGCCGAGCACAAGGAUUUUUGGCACUUUUUGCUGGGGAUACAGGAGAAAUCAGAAGUGAGGUCAGAGAACAAAUUGACCAAAGGGUUGCAGAAUGGAGAGAAGAAGGCAAAGCAGAAAUUGUCCCAGGAGUUUUGUUUAUUGAUGAAGUUCAUAUGCUUGAUAUUGAAUGUUUCAGCUUCUUAAACAGAGCUAUGGAAAGUGAUGCAGCGCCCAUUAUCAUCAUGGCAACUAAUAGAGGAUUUGCGCAGAUCAGAGGAACUAAAUAUAGAGGAGCCCAUGGAGUUCCUAUUGAUUUAUAAUGAUUUCUAAUAAAUAGGCUAGUAGGAUUUUAUAUAGAUUUUUAUUGGAAAAUUCAAGGGAAAUUUGUGUACUUGAUAGAAGUUUAAUUAUUAUGACGAGACCAUACACAGAAGAAGAAAUCCGAAGUAUCCUGAAAAUCCGAUGUGAAGAAGAAGAUGUAGAAAUGACUGAGGAAGCUCUGGAUUUAUUGACAACUAUUGGACUAGAUACCUCGCUGAGAUAUUCAAUACAGCUAAUCACAACUUCAUCGCUUGUAGCGAGAAAAAGAAAAGCUUCAGAAGUUGAUGUCCCAGAUGUGAGGAGAGUUUAUUCGUUGUUUAUUGAUUUGAAGAGGUCACAACAGUACUUAAAAGAAUAUGAAAGUGAAUACAUGUUUUCGGAAGUUCAAGGAUAA